UCGCAUUCAUUCAUACAAUUGUCCAGAACGAAGGGGAAACUUGGAGAUGCGCAAAAGAUCCAAACACCGCAUUUGCUUUGAUUUGUGUACGACCAUCGCGUGGGAGUUGGAGUCAUGGAGCGUUGCUAAUCUCAUCGGUUUCCCGCAGCUCGUCACCACUCAUUCAUCGCCUCCGUUUAGAACCGCGAGAAACACAAGCACGUAUCCGCCUUGCCUUGCAUGACGGCCACCACCGAGGCCAAGCCAUGGGACUUCUCCCAUGUCCUUGACCUUGUCAACACCUUGUCCACCAGAUCAGAUCCCUGGUCGCCACCUGCCCCAGCCAACAAACACGAUGCACCGAGACAGAGUCAGGCGUUAGUGCCAUUCGAUGAUGAGCACAGUCAUGAGAGGGAGCAGCACAACGCCGGUGCAGACUCUCGCGGCCUAGGCGACUUCUCCAAGUUGUGGCAUUUCUUUGGCACAUCUACCCCUCCGCCCGAACCCUCCUACCCUUACCGAACCCAACAACCACGCAAUGUCGACAUUGUCGACUUCCCUCUCUUCGCCAAUUACGCAUCGGACGGCGCUUUUGACGCCAUCUCAACCAGCAAGAAGAAGACAUCCAGCAAGGCGAAGGAAGCACACCAUCCGCACGACCAUAGCAGUACGGAGGAUCAGGCAGGGGACACCCUUAGUGAUGGUUCCUUUGCUCCAGACACUCCAACCCUGACCAAGUCGCAACGGAAGAAAAAGAACAGAAAAGAGAGGAGGGCGCAAUUGGCCGCUGCUCUGGAAGAGAAUGCGACUAGAGCUGUCUCGAUGUCGGAGUCGGAGGCCAAGGCUAAAUCCGGCCAUACGCCUGCGAAGAAGGCCAGCGUCCAUAACAUAUCCACUCCCCCGACGAAUACAUACAACUUACGCCCACGUGAUGGAUCUGGAAAGGCCAUAUGCGAGGCACCACAGUACUGGACAGCACCAUCGCCUGCCAGCGCGAAGCCCACUACGAAACGCCUCGAAGCUGCCAAGAAGCCCCAGUUGGACACGUCCUCACCCAAGCUGCCAUUGUCCAAGUCGAAGGCUACAUCGACAGCACCAAGUAGCCUACCUGCAACUCUGGAGUCUGCGGUGAAGAGGCUCGAAGAUGCGAAGAAGACACUAAUGAGCACAUCUCCACCCAAGUCGACACUGCCCAACUCGAAGACUACGCCAGCCAAGCCAGUCGCCCAAACUUCUCCGGCCAUCGACAUUCGACGCGCACAUGAUACACAGCACUCCACACCUCAGAAUGGAGUUGUCAAACGAUUCCUGCCAUCUUCAGUCCCCCCUGCUCCCUUUGCUGUUGAUCGGGAAAUCUCAGCACCACCUUCCGUUCCGUCAAUUCAGGCCACAUCUCUUCCCAAGAGAAACAAUGCUAUCCAGCCCAUAGUCGCCCGCUCUGGAGAAGACCGACACUGGGCACUUCUUAUUAAACUCAUCGGCGACUUCUACGAGGACCGCAAAUACCUCAUUGCUCCGAUGAAUCUGACCACGCACAACAACAACCCGAAAGGGAUCCACGUCUUUGUAGACGCCAGCAACAUCUUUAUUGGCUUCCACGACCAACUGAAACGCUCCCGCGGCAUUCCCUCUUACGUACACGUCCCAGCAGUGGACAUGUCCUUUGACGCCCUCGCCCUCCUCAUGGAGCGGCGCCGACCAGUCGCGAAGCGAGUCUUGGUCGGCUCAACGCCACACCUGCCAGCCUUUGACAAGGCCAAAGCAGUCGGCUACGAAUGCAGCAUACUGGAGAAAGUGUACAAGGCUCGCGAACUGACAGAACGUCAAAUCUACUUUAAAGAACAAGAACGCGCCUACCACUACGAUCGCAACGCCAGUGGCAAACGCGCGAAAGCGCCGCCGCCGCCGCCCGCGAAUCACGUGGCUACGCUGCUCAAUGGCACCAGCGGGAGCGCGGCAGGCAGCAGCUCGGAAACGAGCACGCCGCCGCAAUAUGCUCCCGCGCGCAUGAUUGAGCAAGGCGUCGAUGAAAUUCUGCACCUUAAAAUCCUGGAGUCCGUCAUUGAUGCCGAAGAGCCGAGCACGAUUGUGCUGGCGACGGGCGACGCGGCGCAGGCCGAGUACAGCGAGGGAUUCAUGGCGAUGGCGGAGCGGGCUUUGAAGAAGGGGUGGACAGUGGAGUUGGUGAGCUGGAGUAAGAACAUCUCCUCCAUGUAUACUCGUCGCGAAUGGACGGGUGCGUGGGGAGGGAGGUUCCGCGUUGUGGAGCUGGACGAUUAUGCUGAGGAAUUGCUUGAUAUGUGAUGCGAGCGAGACAAUGGUAGGCGAUUUCGAGAUGAUGAUUCUCCCGCUGAGAAGCGGAGUUUGCUCACCCCUCAAACACCGUCGUUGCAGAUAGCAUCUUGAUGAAGCAUCAAAGCGUGACCUCUGACAUGGUUCC